CCACAGGAAACCGAUGUCGGGUACCUCUUGCUGGUUAAUUAGUGUCUCCAAGUAACCUGAGCCAGAAGUUCAGGGUUUCCACUGGUGACUGGGGGGUGGGAAAGGUGGAUGUCAGCAGUUUGGUCAUCCCCCAAAGCCCUGACAGGCUGUACCUGGCCUGCCUGGUCGACACAAAUACCCUGCCGCAGCUCUCUGUGACACGGCCAGCUCAGUGCCAUGCAGACACAGGGGCCUGGCGUUUAUUUUUUGCAGGAAAAAGGCCUGUUAGAUGGAAAAUAAAGGGGUAGGGUAGGAGCCUCUGCAAUCAGCACAGCCUGUGCACAGCUCAGGAGAGUGUGCUUCGACAGCAAGCUCCCCGCUGGUGUGGUAGGGACACAGCACAGGACCUGCAGGUGCCCUUGUGCUCAGCUCUCUUCGUGGAUCAUUCCUGGUUUCCAUGACUCGCCGGCCCCUCCUCUGCUCCCAGCGUUUGAAGCUGAGCUCUUUGGCCAAACAGUCCUUGCUGAAAUGUCAAUACGCCGCCGGGACGCCGACUUGUAGGGUUCAUCAUGGUUUCCAGGCAGUGCGUGGCUUUGCUUCUCUGCUUUCCGCUGCUGAUUCUUCUUCCUCUGGACGCAGUCUUUCUGAAGCGGAAAGAGGCAAAUGGCAUUUUACAAAGGCACCGAAGGGCCAAUAGCUUCUUCGAAGAGAUAAAGCUGGGGUCUCUAGAGCGAGAAUGCAUGGAAGAGAAGUGCUCCUUCGAGGAAGCGAGAGAGAUCUACCGUGAUGAUGAGCGGACAAAAGAGUUCUGGCACAUCUAUUCCGACCCCAACCAGUGUGACUCCAGUCCCUGUCAGAACGGCGGGAGCUGCGAUGACCAGUUCCAGGAUUACGUUUGCCGCUGUCCCGCGGAGUACGAGGGCAAAAGCUGUGAAAAAGCCGUGGCUGAGAAGCUGAAGUGCAUGUACGACAACGGCGGCUGUGAGCAGUACUGUGCUGAUGAGCAGGCUGCAAAGCGAGUGUGCUUCUGCGCAGACGAUUACGCUUUAGCGAGCGAUGGUGUGUCCUGCAUUCCCCAAGUGAAAUACCCAUGUGGAAAAAUACUGGCAAAGAAGAAUGCAACUGCAGAUGGGAGAAUAGUAGGUGGUUUCAUCUGUCCUCACGGUGAAUGUCCAUGGCAAGCCCUUAUAAUACAGAAUCAGAAAGAAAAGUGUGGUGGUACCCUGCUUUCCCCAGAGUGGGUGGUGACUGCAGCUCAUUGUUUGGAGCACACCCAUGUUAAAGAGCUCCGAGUGAGGCUGGGUGAACACUCAAUAAAUGUUGAUGAGAAAACUGAGCAAGAAAGUGGAGUUACCAAUAUAAUCAUGCAUGAAGGAUACAGGUACGGACAAGUCGAUAACGACAUUGCCCUCCUGAAACUGGAAACACCUGUGAACCUCACUGAUUACGUGGUGCCGAUAUGUUUGCCUGAAAAACGGUUUGCAGUGUAUGAGCUGUCCUCCAUCAAGUUCUCCACAGUGAGCGGGUGGGGACGUCUGCUAGAUGGAGGUGCUACUUCUUCUGUCCUGAUGAGAGUUGAUUUGCCACGUGUAAAGACACAAGAAUGUGAGAAGCAGACCGAUUUAAAUAUUACAGAGAACAUGUUCUGUGCAGGAGACCUGACCGGCACUAAAGACUCCUGCAAGGGAGACAGUGGUGGACCUCAUGCUACGAAGUACAAGAACACUUGGUUUCUGACUGGGAUUGUCAGCUGGGGAAGGGGCUGUGCUGUUGAAGGCACCUACGGGGUUUAUACGAGGGUAUCCAAAUACAUUGACUGGUUGAAGAAGUCCAUGGAUUCAUAAUGCUGAAUCAGGGCAUUUCCAGAUUGUGUUAUUGACCCUUAAUCUCUCUGUGACACUUUCCUAUUGAAGCAUUCCUACAUUAACUUAGAUAUGUGGUACACGAGGUAUUAUUGAUGAUUUGAAAUGAGUCUAAUGCCUGCCUGAAUACAUCAAAUAAUUUCUAUAUUGUUGUAAACUCGAAUAUCUACAUGUCAAGCAGGCACAGAAAGGCCAUAUCAGACCCGCUGCAGAGUCCCUUUCAUUCUUUAUCCAUUUUUGGUAAGAGAGCUAGAUGUUGAAAGAAAGACUGUCAGUAAUGUGUCAAGCACACCAUGAUCCUUCCUUGGGCUACCCUCCCACCCUCUGGUUAUCAGUGAUGUACAGGCUUCCUGAGCAAGAAGUUGCAUUAGUUUGAACAGCCAUGAAUGAACCCAUUCUUCCAUAAACAAGUGCAAUCUCUUUUGAACACAUUUACACUUCUGGCUUUCACGACUUCCUGUGCUGAUGGGUCCUGAAAUAUAAUGAUGCAAUGGCAGAAGAAAGAAGAGUUUCUUUUAAAUCAUGCUAAGUAAGGUAGCUUUCUCUUGUAGUGGUAGAUUUGAAAGGGGAGAACUGUUCUUCAGAACAAGAAAGCUGGAAAAAGGUUAAUUCCACAUUUACGGGUCUGCUAUGAAAACUUGAUUUUAGUCUUCUGGCACCAAAUAUUAUUGCAAUAAGGCUAUUAAGUGGAAUAUUCAAUCCUAAAUUUAUGAAUGGCGAAGAAUGCCACUGAUUUAAUCUUAUCUUUGCCUUGUUAUUAUGAUUAUCAAUACAGAACGAAAACAAGUGAAA